CCAGCAGCAUCACGACCACCCUCAUCUGCCACGACAUCAUGAAGUACUGUGUGCUUAUCCUCCUGGGUUUGGUUGCCUUCGCUGCCGCCCGACCUGACUUCAGCUUGGAAGACAUCCACCAGGACCAGGAUAUCUCUGAGGACAACACCAUUACCGGCUCCUACAGCUGGACUUCCCCUGAAGGCGAGAAGUUUUUCGUGAAGUACAUUGCUGAUAAGGACGGCUACCGUGUUCUGGAGUCGAACGCUGUCCCCGCUACCGUCGGAGGCGUCAGGGCCGACGGUACACAGGGAUCCUUCGUGUCCUCUGAGGAAGACAGAAAGUAAACAAUAAUAUCUUACAGACGUACCAGAGGAUCAUUCUUACCAAGGAUCUGAGAUGUUGUUGAAGUGAUCAGAGACUAACAUGACUUGUGGGACUUGUGUGUGAGUGUUGGUGAGACAGUCACUCUCAGACUGUCAAGGAACCUGCCCAUCUCUAAGGCCAGGAUGUGGGUACUUCCUACUCCUUACCCUUAGGCAAGUGGGUACUUCCUGCCCUUUACCCUUAGGCAAGUGGGUACCUUCUACCCUUUACCCUUGGGAAAACGGGUAGCUCCUACCCCUUAUCUUCAUGGAACUGGGUACCUUCUACCCCUUACUUUUAGGGAAGUGGCUAGCUCCUACUCCUUACCCUUAGGGAAAUAGCUAAUUUCUACUCUUUACCCUAAGACAGGAAAGUAAUUCUAUCCCUUACCCUUAGGGAAACAGUCAUCUCCUGCUCCUCACCUUCCUCUCUCACCUCCCUCACCUCAAUUCUCUCAA